AUGAAGGUAGUAAACGAUUUUUUAAGAGUAGUUAAUGACCCAGAAAAGCUGAAGAGGUAUUUGUCAGAACAUAGUUUUUCAAUAAAAGUAUACACAUCAUUUUUAGUACUAGUUUUUAUAUUUUAUCAUUUAUUUUCCGAUGGAGACUUUUCAUUUUUAUUAACAUUAUCCUCCAUAAUAAGCAUGUUUUCGUUUUUGAUGGUUUUCCUAAAAAUUGAAAUGAGCAAGUCAUGCGCAGGUGUGUCAUUAAAAAUGAUGGAAUGCUAUGUUAUAUUAAAUACAGCUAGAUUAUUAUCUAUUGUACCUUUUGAAGGAUAUUUACCAUAUGAUAAAAGUGGAGAUUGGCUAUAUCAAUUAGUUGAAGCAAUUUCAUUAUUUACAAAUUGUUGCGUUGUAUAUUUAUGUAGAUAUAAAUAUAAAAAAACAUAUGAUAGUUCAAAUGAUAUUUUUAAUAAUAUGUUUUUAAUAAUUCCGGCUUUUGUUAUUUCUAUUUUUAUUCAUCCCUCCUUGAAUUCAUUUUUCCCCGCUGAUGUAUCCUGGUCAUUUGCCCUUUACCUUGAGUCUGUUUGUGUGUUACCACAAUUGUCUAUGUUUCAAAAAGAGGGAAAAGUGGCAGCAUUUACAACCCAUUUCUUAGCUUCUCAAGCUUUAUCAAAAGUUUUAUCCUUUCUUUUUUGGAUUGUAUCAUAUAAAGAAUUGAAUUCCUCCGAUAAUAUUAUUAAAUCUUACGUUGGAGUUUGGGUUGUUAUUAUGCAAAUAGUUCAACUUAUUUUAAUGGGAGAUUUUAUUUAUCAUUAUAUUCGAUGUUUAAGCAAAGGUGUAUCAUUUGAUAAUUUAUUAAAUGAAAAUGUUUAA